AUGGGAUAUGGAACAAGAAAACUCUUAGAUGAAUAUGAAGUUUCAGAAAUUCUAGGAAGAGGUGGAUUUUCUGUUGUUAGAAAAGGUACAAGAAGAUCAAACAAUGAUGAUGAAAAAUCACAAUCACAAGUAGCAAUCAAAACACUUAGAAGAUUAGAUACUUCAAAUAAUUUAGCAAGGAAAAGAGAUGGUGGUGAAAAAAGCACACAGGUUAUGAUGAAUUUCCCUACAAUGAGACAAGUUUCUGUCUCAGACGCAUUACUAACAAAUGAGAUACUUGUAAUGAGAAGAAUAGUCGAAAACAUUUCGCCGCAUCCGAACGUUAUUGAUCUUUAUGAUGUUUACGAAGACACAAAUGGUGUUCAUCUUGUGCUUGAGCUUUGUUCGGGCGGAGAACUUUUCGAUAGGAUUGUUGCACAAGAUAAGUAUAGUGAGACCGAGGCUGCAACUGUGGUUCAUCAGAUUGUAGCAGGGUUAGAAGCUAUUCAUAAGGCUAACAUUAUUCAUAGGGAUUUGAAGCCUGAGAAUUGUCUUUUUUUAGAUGUUGGGAAAGAUUCUAGUCUUAAGAUUAUGGAUUUUGGGUUGAGUUCUGUUGAAGAGUUUACUGAUCCUGUUGUUGGCUUAUUUGGAUCUAUUGAUUAUGUUUCACCUGAGGCUCUUUCUCAAGGAAAGAUUACUACUAAAAGUGAUAUGUGGUCUCUUGGAGUUAUUCUAUAUAUCUUACUUUCGGGGUAUCCACCUUUCAUUGCUCAAAAUAAUCGCCAAAAACAACAAAUGAUUUUGAAUGGAAAUUUUAGUUUUUAUGAGAAGACUUGGAAGGGAAUUUCACAAUCAGCAAAGAACUUGAUUUCAAGUCUACUAACUGUUGAUCCUGAUAAAAGACCUAGUGCUCAAGAGCUUCUAAGUGAUCCUUGGGUGAAAGGUGAAAAAGCCAAAGAUGAUCAAAUGGACCCUGAGAUUGUGUCAAGGCUACAAAGAUUCAAUGCAAGACGCAAACUUCGCGCAGCUGCGAUAGCUAGUGUUUGGAGCUCCACAAUAUUCUUAAGAACUAAAAGAUUGAGAUCAUUGGUUGGAUCAUAUGAUCUCAAAGAAGACGAAAUCGAAAAUCUCAAGAUACAUUUCAAGAAAAUAUGUGCUGAUAGAGAAAAUGCGACUCUUAGUGAGUUUGAGGAGGUGUUAAAAGUAAUGAAAAUGCCAUCAUUGAUCCCUUUUGCAGCUCGGAUAUUUGAUUUGUUUGACAACAACCGCGAUGGAACAGUUGAUAUGAGAGAGAUUCUUUGUGGCUUUUCGAGUCUCAAGAAUUCCAAAGGAGAAGAUGCUCUCCGUUUGUGCUUCCAGAUGUAUGACACAGAUAGAUCAGGAUGCAUAAGCAAGGAAGAAGUAGCAUAUAUGCUAAGAGCUUUGCCAUAUGAUUGUCUUCCAACUGAUAUCACUGAACCUGGAAAACUGGAUGAGAUUUUCGACUUGAUGGAUGCCAAUAGUGAUGGAAAAGUUACUUUUGAUGAAUUCAAAUCUGCUAUGCAAAGAGAUAGCUCUCUUCAAGAUGUAGUUCUCUCUACUCUUCGUCCAUUGUAG